AUGGAUAUAACUUCAUCUACUUCUCUUAAUAUUUAAGAAGAUAAUAUUUAAGUAGCUGUACGAAUAAGGCCAUUAAAUGAAAGGGAAAGGAAAUAAAAUGCUAGAUCAAUAUUAUCAAUUGAUCAAGAAAAUCCUAAUAAAAUAUGGAUUGAAUCUAAACCCGAGUCGAAAUCUUACAUUUUUGAUUGUAUUAUAAAUUCAGAUGUUUAAUAAGAUGAAAUAUUUGAAAAAAUUGGCAAGCCUUAGGCUGAUUUUUGUUUAAAGGGGUAUAAUUCAAGUAUAUUUGCUUAUGGUUAAACAGGGGCAGGUAAAACAUACACAAUGUUAGGAAAAUAGGGCGAUCAUAGAGGGCUUUAGCCCCGUGUUUUUGAGUAUAUUUUUAAUGAGCUAUAAAAAUUUGAAAAUAGUAGAGUAAAAUGCAGCUAUUUAGAAAUUUAUAAUGAGCAAAUUAUGGAUCUUCUAUCACCAUCAGGCUCUACUUUAUUAGUUAGAGAAGAUUAAAAGAAAGGAGUUUACAUAGAAGGAUUAAGUGAAGAAAAAGUUACAAGUGCUUAAUAAGCAAUAGAGUUAUUAAAUACAGGAGCAAGGAAUAGGCAUGUUUCAGCUACUUAAAUGAACAUAGAAUCCUCUAGAAGCCACUCAUUAUUUUCUCUAACAAUAGAAACAAAAGAUAAGGAUAAUGAUGGAUUAGAAAAGAUAAGAUGCUCUAAGUUUCACUUUGUAGAUUUAGCUGGUUCUGAAAGAUAAAAUUUAACAGGAGCAGCAGGAUAAACUCUUAAGGAAGCUUCUAAUAUAAAUAAAAGUCUUACAGUUCUUGGCUGUGUUAUUAAUUCUUUAGUGGAGUAAAACCAAGGAAAGUAAAGACAUAUCCCAUAUAGAGAUUCUAGACUAACAUUUAUAUUGAAGGACAGCUUAGGAGGAAAUUCAAAGACAUUCAUUAUUGCAGCUAUUAGUGAUGCUUCUAUUUCAUUUUAAGAAACUCUUUCAACUUUGAAAUUCGCUUAAAGAGCAAAGAUGAUAAAAAACAAAGCUUAGCUAAAUGAAGAAAAUAAUAUAACAGAUGUUAAAGUAUUAAGAUUAGAAAUAAAACAGCUUAAAGAGAGACUUGAAUAAAUGAGGGAAUAAGAAUUAAACUUUGAAAAGUAAUUAAAAAGUUAAAUGAAUGAAAAGGAAUCUCAAGAUGAUGAGACAAUUAUUGAAUUAAAGGAGCGUCUUAGAAAAUUAAAUGAAGAUUGCCUAAAUAAUGAGAAAGAAUUUUAAAAAGCUAUCCAUAUUCUCAGACAGUAAUAAGAAAAUGAAGCUUCAAAGUAUGAAAAUAUAAUAAGAGAAAUGAAAGAUUAAAUUUCUAAAUAGUUCACUUCAGACGCUUAGCAAUAAAUUAUAAUCCAUUCUUAGCAAGUUAAGCUUAAGAUGUUAUUAGAGAAAACUUUUCCUAAUAAUUAUGAACAAGGAAAAUAUGAUAUGCAAUUUUUAAAAGACACUGAAAAUUUAUUAAAUGAUUUUGAAGAAGAAACUUAAUUUGAAAAAUCAACUAGUGGCUAUACAAGUCCUUACGAUAAUGCCCAAACUGAAUAAAUUAUAAUAGAAGAAUAGGAAUAUUCAUAAAAGGAUUACCAAACACCAAGUUCAUAGAAGGAUUGCUAAUCUAUCAAUUAAUAGAAGGACUAAUUUUUUCUUAUUUGCUUAAAUAAUCUUAUGGGUAAAAUAGAUCAAUCAAUUAAAUCUCGUAAAGAAUUUGCUGAAGUUCUCCAAAAAAUGGGGUUGGAAUAUGAAUGGAAUACUCCUGAAAAAAUGAGAGCAUGUGAAUAAAGUAUAGAUAGUUUAAGAUAGGAAUAUACAAGCUAAAUAUUUAAUAUGCAAUAGUAAGUUUAAGUGCUAAGAGAUGAAAAAAACUUAUAUUAACAAGAGAUUGAUAAACUAAAAACUUAUAUUGGAUCAAUGGAAGAAGAGAUUGAUAUGAAAAACAGAGAGUUAAAUAAAAUGGAUGAAAAAUAUAGGGAAUUGAGUUAAUAAAUGAGAUAAGAAAAUAAAUAAAGAUAAAGUGCUUAAAUGAUUGAAUUAGUUGAGAAAAUUAUAUUUUUAGAAGAAGAAAAGGAUAAACUGAUUAGAGAAAGUGAGAGGCAAAAGUAGUCAAUAGAUAUGUAAAAACAGGAAAAUAAUAGCUUGUAUAAUUAGUUUUAGCAGGUUUAAUAGCAAUUUGAAGUUUUACAAAGAAAAGAAUGUAUCUCUUGUGAAGAAAUUAAGGUUUUAAAAGGAUAAAUUAAAGAACAUGAACUUAGAGAGUUGAGCCAUUAAUUUAAAUUAAGUAAUAUGAAUAAUGAAUUGCAGGAUUUUAUUGAAUAGAAUACAUAAAUGCUUGAAGAAGCAUAAAAAUGGUAGUGCAUUGAGCAAACAAAUGAUUAAUUAACAAAAAAAUUAGAAGAUUUGUAAUCAGAAAACACUAAGUUGGCUGAUUAAGUUGAAAUCCUAACAGAAUCAAACUAAUUUAUAUAAAAUUAACUUGAAGAGAAAUCUAAACAGCAUACUGAGCUUGAAAGAGAUUUGUAAGAAAAAGAGAACAAGAUGUAAGAAUUAUAUAAAAAAAAUAAAAAUUUGUAGGAGAGAUAUGAUUAACUGCAAAAUAGCUAUGAUAACAUACAAAUAGAUUCAGAAGAAAAUAAUGAAAUUCUUGAAUAAAAUAAAUCUUUAUUUAGAAGAUGUGAUAAUUAUGUUGUUUAGAUUGAAAAAUUAACUAAAGAAAGAGAUUAGUUAUAAAUUUAAGUUACAAGAAAGCAAGAAUAAGCAUCAAGAUUUUAACUUAAGAUAUCUGAGUUGUAAGUCAGUUAAAAGCAUUUAUCAGGUGCUUUAAGAGAUGCUCAAGAAAAACUUUCUCAAGCGUAAAAUCGUAUAUAAAAUAUUAAGGUUAAAGCAAAGUACAUAAAAGAAUCAGAAAAAUGGGUAGCUGAAGCAGAAUCUAAGCUUCUUUCUAAAGAUAUAGAAAUCCAUUACCUAAAUUCAAUUUUCUAAGAAAAAGUAUAGAAAUGUAAUAAUAUUUGCUUGAAAAUUAACAAUAUCCUUGAUGAAAAUGAAAACCUGAAAGAUAUUAUAAAUUAAUUGCAUAAUGAGAUAGCUAAGCUUAACAAUGAUAACUUUAUAUUAUAAGAAACAAAUAACAGAUUAUGUGAAGCCAAUCAAAAUAUAUGUAGAGAAAAGGUAAACAUUCUUAGCAAAUUGAGUAAAUACGAAACAGAAAAUUUAGAUUUGUCUCAAAAGUUUAAGGGAUUAGAGCAAACUUUUAACAAUCUUAUGAUUUCAUACACAGCUUUAAAAGGCGAAAACAGUAAUUUAUAGAUGGCAUCUAUCAUAUUAAAUUAACAAAGACAGAUAACAGCCAAGUUAGAAACAGAACUAUAAAUUAAAAAUGAUAAGAUAUCUGAUUUAUAAGCUUACCUAGAUAAAUAUACAAAUUAAAUUAGGUCAUUAGAGUAAGAUUUGGCCUCAACAAAAAAAGAAUUAGAGCAAUUUAAAAAGUAACCUUAAGCCAGCUCUCCUUAAUUAAAGGAGCAUUAAGUAAGAAUAGAUGAGCUUAUAGCCAUGAUUGGAUCAUUUGAGUACCACUGUGGUUUGGCUAGUGAGUUGUUAGAUAAGUUAGAAUUUGAAAAAUAGGAAUAAUGUGUUUUAAUUGAAACAUUUAAGACAUAAAUUAGAGCAAUGAGCGCUAGUAUUCAGCUUCAACAAUCCAAUAGCUUCUAAAGUUAUGGCAGAAAAGAAAUUCAUUACAUAGAAGGGAAAAAAUAUUCUAAAAAAGCUAAAAAGUAUAAAAGAAAAUAUUAAGAAGCUUUGGAAAAGAAUGAUAAAUUAAUCAUGUAAUAUGAGAGUUAAAUCAUUAAAUUAAGAAUAAAUCAAGAUGAAUUUAUAUAAAUACAGAAAUAAUUAGAAGAGAAAGAAACUAUUUCAAAAAAGCUAUAAGAAAUAAACAAUGAAUUAAAUUCAAAGCUAGUAAUGGCAAAUAAAAUAGUUUAGCAAGUUUAGCAAACAGAAUAUAUCUAGUUCUAGCAAGUGCAUACAAAUAUUUGA